GAUCAUUUCAAUAUGGCAGAUGGUAGCUUACGUACGAUUUUCAAGAUAAAAUACAUUAAUUAAUUUUCCUAAUAGAAAUUAAUUUAUAAGUCACGCUUCAAAAUGUCUUCUUCAGCAAUAUACAUCUUAGAUGUCAAAGGUAAAGUCCUUAUUUCAAGGAAUUAUCGUGGCGACGUUGAUAUGGGUGUCAUUGAUAAAUUCAUGCCUUUACUCAUGGAAAAAGAGGAAGAGGGUAUGUUAACUCCUCUAUUACAAACUAGUGAGUGUACAUUUUCUUAUAUCAAAACCAACAACUUGUAUAUAGUAUCAACUACAAAGAAGAAUGCCAAUAUUGCACUUGUAUUUGUAUUCUUGUACAAAAUUGUUGAAGUUAUGACGGAAUACUUCAAAGAGCUUGAAGAAGAAAGUAUUCGUGAUAAUUUUGUUGUAAUUUACGAGCUUUUAGAUGAACUUAUUGACUUUGGAUAUCCACAAACAACUGAUAGUAAGAUUCUCCAGGAAUACAUUACUCAGGAAGGUCAUAAGUUAGAAAUGCAACCUCGAAUACCCAUGGCAGUCACAAAUGCUGUAUCAUGGCGCUCUGAGGGUAUCAAAUAUAGAAAAAACGAAGUAUUUCUGGAUGUUAUUGAAUCAGUUAAUUUAUUGGCUAAUUCAAAUGGCAAUGUUCUUAGAAGUGAAAUUGUUGGUGCAAUAAAAAUGAGAGUAUACCUGUCUGGCAUGCCUGAAUUGCGACUUGGCUUAAAUGACAAAGUCCUCUUUGAAAGUACAGGUAGAGGAAAAUCUAAAUCUGUUGAGUUAGAGGAUGUUAAGUUUCACCAAUGUGUUCGGUUGUCUCGUUUUGAGAAUGACAGGACGAUCUCUUUCAUUCCACCAGAUGGAGAAUUUGAACUGAUGUCUUACAGAUUGAACACCCAUGUGAAACCUCUGAUCUGGAUUGAGUCAGUUAUUGAACGCCAUGCUCAUUCAAGGGUGGAAUAUAUGAUAAAAGCUAAAUCCCAGUUCAAGAGACGUUCUACAGCCAACAAUGUUGAGAUCAUAAUACCAGUUCCAGCUGAUGCAGAUUCUCCAAAAUUCAAAACCACCAUAGGCAGUGUAAAAUACACUCCAGAACAGAAUGCCAUAACUUGGUCUAUAAAGUCAUUCCCAGGAGGCAAGGAGUACUUGAUGAGAGCUCACUUUGGUUUACCCUCAGUUGAAUGUGAGGAGCUUGAUGGAAAGCCUCCAAUCCAAGUUAAAUUUGAAAUCCCAUAUUUUACAACAUCAGGCAUUCAAGUAAGAUAUUUGAAGAUUAUAGAAAAGAGUGGAUAUCAAGCUUUGCCUUGGGUUAGAUAUAUAACUCAGAAUGGGGAUUAUCAACUAAGAACCAAUUAAAUCAUACAUUCCAUCAAUGGGCACAGAUUUUUUUUUUUAAAUAACUUUGCAUUAUCUUUAUUGUAGUUAUACUAACACAAGUAAUGAAUAUGUAUUACGUAUUUAAUAUUUUGACACAUAAUAAAUGGUUAUUCUUCAAGUAUUA